AUGCUUAUUUUUAAAUAAAUUAUUAAAAAUUAAAAAAAAAAUAUUAAUUAGAUUACAUUAAAUAAAUUAUUUUUAAAAAAAAUAUAUUAAUUAGAUUACAUUAAGAUGAUUUAAUUUUAAUUGAGAAAAUUGAAUAAUUAAUUUAGAAAAACUGUUUUUAUUUUUCACCAACAUAUGAUUUAACAAAUUCAUUUUAAUCAAAUUUUUCAAAAUAUAAUAAUUAAAAUAAUAAUUAUUGUUUUAAUUAUUGUUUUAUGGAAUUUUUUAAGAGUUUUGAACAUUAUAAUAUUGUUGAUAAAUUUAUAUGUGGAUAUAUUAAUAUAUAACAUGAACGUUAAUUUAAUUGUUAAAUCUAACUAGCAUUAAUUAGUAGAAAAGAUAGAAAUAGAAUAGGAAUGA